AUGCAGAGCGACGAGAUUUUCCAGUCUCCCAAGGUUCAGCCGCGCUCGUCGUACAGGAUGGUGGCUGAAAAGCAGAAGAUGCUACAGUUCAAUUACUACCGAGCAGUUUGGUGCUACUGCCUGUUUCUGGUCUUUCUGUUCUCGAUCAUCAUCUAUGCUGUUGACAAGCUGCCGUACAUUGACUGUCUCUUCCUCUCAGUCUCAGCAUACACAAGCUCAGGGUUGUCGACAGUUGGGUCCCAGCACAUCUCAAGUGCCACCUUUGCUAUGCUCUACAUCCUGAUGAACCUUGGAGGGAUUGUUUUUCUCCUCCUGCCCCCCAUGAUCUACAGGAUCCAUGCUUUCCACAGCCUCGAGCCGAGCUUGAUGGAGUUUCUGGCAACCAACGAGUCCAACGACAAGCCGGAGGCGCAGAAGCUGAUCCACCUGAUCAGCGAGCGUCGUGCUCAGAUCAGAGGAGUACGAAUGGUUGCGCUGGUCAUUAUCUUCUACCUCUUCGUCUUCCUCUUCGGAGGCAUCUGGAUCUUCCUAUGGAUCAUCAGCGCGUUCCCUCGGCUCGAGGAGCUCCGGCAGCGAGGCUUCAGCAACAUCUGGUACGCUGCCUUCAUGGUCUCUAGCGCCUUCUGCAACUGCGGCCUCUCCCUGACCUCUGACUCCGUUCACGGGCUUCGCAACUGGCCUCUCUCCUACCUGUGGCUGGCGUUUCUGAUCCUUGCUGGAAACAACCUGUUCCCUGUUAUGCUCAGAGGUCUGCUGAGGCUUUUCCACAAGUUUGCGAACAGGCUCUACCUGGACAGGAACGCGAUAGCUUACGCGCUUGACCAUCCUCGUCAGAUGACGACACACCUGCUGGACAAGACGCAGACCCGGGUGCUGAUCCUGAUCCUCCUCGGCAUCAACAUCAUCCAGUACGCUGCUUUCCUCUCCUCCUCGCUCCCCCGGAAGGAUCUUGACGCCUCCUAUGGCACGCACGUCAUCGCUGGAGCAGGCUUCUUUCAGACCAUCUCCACGAGAUCGGCAGGUCUGCAGAUCUACGACCUCAACAACCUGAACCAGGGCAUGCCCGCCAUGUAUAUCUUUCUCAUGUACCUCUCCGCUGCGCCCUUCGUCAGCAGGAUGUACAUCUCAGAGCAGACCCUGGACGAGGACGGACACUGGAAGCCGACGCUGCGCACAGUCGACGAUGCCAAGAGGAGGUUCCAUGCGAUGUACCUGUUCAGGCACCUCUCCUUUCUGGUCUCAGGCUUCCUCAUCCUCUGCUUCAUCCAUGAUAAGGGUGUCGCGCUGGAAGGCGCCGUCCUCUCGCCUUUCCCCCUCCUCUUCGAGCUCAUCUCAGCCUACGGAAACGUCGGGCUCUCGUUUGGAAUUGCAGGCAGGACGUACAGCCUGUCUGGAGCCAUGUCGACGCUGGGAAAGCUCAUCAUCAUGGGGGCGAUGCUGCUGGGCAAGCACAGGGCGCUCCCUACCCACACUGACAUGGUCCUCAACUUCAAGCACACGAGGCUCCGACGUCAGCUGAUCAUCGCGAAGAUGGAGGCUGGGGAGGAUGUUGUGGACCUCCUUCCCCUCUACAGCGCCCACCCGAUAGCAGACGGGCCGGAUGAGGUGAGGGCGGAGAGUAUCGACCUGCCCCGCCAGGAGGAGCUGGGAGUGCUCUCGCGCUUCAGCUUCAGCCGUUUCUCCUCUCCUACCGCCUUCAGCAAGCGGAGGAUGCCGAGUGAAGGGGAGGAGGGAGGAGAGGAGGGGAUCGAGGGGAGGGACACAGAGAGCUUUGAGAUGGAGCGAAACCUCUGGCUGGCCGCCCAGGAGGAGAGGAGCAGCAGCGGCGACGAGCAGCCUCCUAUCCCGAGGAAGGAUGGGAUCAAGAGCCUUGACUAUCCCCGGCAUGCCGGCAUGGCCCCCCGUCGCACCAUGUCGAGCAGUCUAGACACCCUGGAGGAGCAGGAGGGAGACGUAGAAAUGCCCCUCUCCCCAGUCUCGAGACCCCUACAGGGCAUGCAGACUCCAGCGCGGCUCCAGCAGGAGGAGCCGGUCAAGCUAGAGGACGUGGCGCAGCAGUGGGUUUCUGACCCGUCCAUACACUCGGCAGGAGAGGCAGCUGGGGAGAGAACUUUGCGGGUGCGACGCGCCAAGUCCUCCGAUCUGGACUCUUCUUCGCACUUCCACAUGGAGGAGGACGUUGGCAGGGGCAGGAGCGCGAGCAGGGGCAGGGGCCGAGGGCUGUUGGCCCUGGUUGGCCUUGCAUGGAACUCGAUCUGGGAUCCCUCGAGCACGCGGGAGGAAACUGGCAAGCAGAUCCAGGCGCAUGAGCUUGUUGAGACGGACCAGUUCUUCAGUCGAGUCUUCCACUACUUCGACGAGGAGGAGGGAAGGCAGGGGGUCACCCGCCGUGCUGCUUCUCUCGACGUCCCCGUCCGCGCCAGGUCCUCCCUUGAAAUCCUCCGCCGCACCCUCCGAAGUGAUGCCCAGCAAAAUGGUAAGCAGAACCCGGGCAAGCCGCCGCAGGAGCCUCGGACCCCCUGA